AUGCAUUACCACCCCCGAAAGCCCCUGGCCCGGCGAAUGUCGGCAUCGCCGACGCGUCUUGGCACGCACAGUGCAACUACGUCUCUCCUCCCAGCAGACGAGGAGCUGUCAACCACGAUCGAGACCGGCUGCAUGGUCAGCAUCACAGGUUGCGGCCUGCUGUUCAUGAUGCUCGGCUCCAUCGACCAGUCGCCGCGGCUGUCGUGGCAUGGGUUCCUAAACAUCGAGCCCAACACGUAUAUUGCCAUCAUAGCCACCGCCUCGCGGACCGCGAUUACGGUCCCCAUCGCAUCGUGCCUCAGCCAGCUAAAGUGGCGGCACUUCCAAAAUCGUGCUCACAGGCUAAACCAUCUGGACCUCAUCGACAAAGCGAGCCGGGGACCAUGGGGUUCCCUCCAGGCCCUCUUCAUGUUAGGCAAGGCGAACAUGGUCAUCUCAAUGCUCGCUAUCACGACCAUCCUCUCGCUCGCCAUCGGUCCGAGUGUGCAGCAGGUCCUGGAGAUUCACACACGGGAGGCUAUAGACUAUAGUCUUGUUCCUGAGCUGGCAUACGCUACAAAUUAUACAUCCAAAGUCUUGUAUACGACCCAAAAUGAUUCAGCAGCCCUUGAGGGAGUGGAGCCUAUGAUGCUGAGUUCUCUCUGCAUUGGCGGAUCGUGCCGGUGGCCAGAAUACACAACACUGGGUAUGUGCAGGACACCUAUGGUAUUCUGGUGUUAA